AUGUCUCUUUUUAUCACUGUAGGUUCAACUGGUUUUGAUGAUUUGAUAAAAGAAACAACAUCAUCUGCAUUUCUUGAGUCUCUUGCAUCCAAUGGUAUACAUAAAAUACGCUAUCAAUAUGGCUCAUCCGAGUCUAUCUUUAUCCAUCAACUACAAGCAUACCAUGGACCUGUAUUGAAUAUAGAUGGUUAUAGCUACAAACAGUCCAUUACUGAAGAUAUAGAACAAGCAGACAUGAUGAUCAGUCAUGCAGGAUCUGGUACUAUUUUACAAGCAUUGAGGCUAAAUAAGAAAUUGAUUGUGGUUGUUAAUCUAACUUUGAUGGACAAUCAUCAAUAUGAACUUGCUCAUGCCAUGGCAGCCGAGAAUUAUGUUAUUUGCAGUGAUAUCAGUCAAUUAAAGACAACUAUUCAAGAGACGAAUCAUUGCGUAUUAAAGCCAUUUCCUAAAGCAAAUCCAAAAGCAUUUACCUCUAUAGACUAUCCCAUCAUCUAUCUUACAACAACGACUUGUAGUCAACCUCAAUCAUCUGAUUUUAAUGAACAAGUACCUCCUCUUCAAGUGUAUGUGUCUACUUCCAGUUCAAACAAACUCCCUGGACCCCAUCAAGGCAUCACAGUGGAAAAUGGUCUGAAUGGAUUAACCCAAUGGCAAAGUGAUGGUACUUCUUCACAAUUAUGGAUAGCUGUAGGUGCACCUCCUUUACAGGGUAGUUGGACAGGCAAUUGGACAUUUGAGAUUGGUGUAUCCACCCAUCAACCCAUGCAUGUUGUCUAUACCAACAAUCAACCUUAUCUUUUAUUAGACGAUACAGACAGAAACAAUGCUUUGUUUCUAUCGAGUCCCUUUAGUGGAACAGCACCCAAUACCAGUCUUUUGAUUGCCUCUCAUUUACCAACAGAGCUGUCGUAUUCCCUUUGUGCUAUUCGACUGAACACAGUGCCUAAUUAUGCUGUCAAUACAACCAUCACGACACGCGGAUAUACCAACACCACAAAGCAACAAUUCAUGGUGUCUAAUCUAGUCCAAGAUACGACCUAUACUGCUUAUAUGGCACAGACAACACAAGGGUUAACAGGUAUUACAAUGCCUGUCUCUGUCACGACCAAGAUGGAUGCCAAUUGUCGCAUUAUCUAUGAUUUACCUUUCUGUAACCAAGUGGCCUACAGUGUUCCUAUCAACCCAGACACAUUCAAUACAGACAACCAAUGGGACUUGGCUUACCAAUACGAUACACAGGCACUUGAGAAAUUCGAGCCAUUCUCGGUUGCUCUUUCUCAAUUCAACUGUGAAACUACACAAUAUUCACUUGUUCGAAACUGUACAGAUUGUUAUCGAGACUACAAGGCAUGGCUAUGUUCAGUCACGAUUCCUCGAUGCACAGAUGCCUCUUCAAGUGGUGAUUUAACACAGGGCACAGAUGAUGUAGUGGCUGCUCCUGCAUUACAGGAUAUCUCGGUCAAUGCAUCCCGUAAUCCUUGGGUAGAUAACACAUUAAAUCCAGGCGAAUGGACUGAAUUGUUGCCUUGUAUUGAUCUAUGUUACCAUGUAGUCCAGAGUUGUCCUCCUUUUAUGCAGUUCUAUUGCCCUACGGGUGAUUUGGCUACUGUUCAAUAUGGAUACUGGCAACAGGGCACAGUCCAUGUGAAUAGUACCACAUCCAAACCAGUUAGUCAUUAG